UCUUAAAACCUUAGCUGACUGGAUGCAGGGAUUUUCUAUCUGAAUUAAAUGGCUUGUAAACGCUUUGGGAUUAGUAAUGGGUUCUCCCGGGGAUAACGUUGUUAAAAACGAUUAGAAUAAGAAUUAGUUUUUAAUUUUUCUGUCCGUUUAACUUGGCUGUGAACAGAGUGGUGAGGAUUGGAAGCUAGCUCAGGGAUUUCAUCAUGGCGGAUAAUACCAUGAGCAAAGCUGCUACCAUGGAGAUCCCCAUAAAUAGCAAUGGAGAUACAGGAACUCUGACUGAGGAUGACAGCCUGGAGCAGGAUCUGCAGCAGGUGAUGGUGUCAGGACCCAACCUGAAUGAAACCAGUAUCGUCUCAGGAGGCUACGGUGGACCUGCUGGGGGGAUCAUUCCUACAAGCUCCAUCAAAGGGCCUGCAGUGCGCUACAACCCUGAGUAUCUGGACAGAAGACGAACCGCUGCACCAGGACUAGGUGGCUACAUUCGCAUGAAAUCCAGGGGUGCUAACUUGCAUAACAGUAAUGCUUCCGCCAGUCGACUUGCCCAUCACACAAACCCAGGGUCAAUAAACCAUAACACCAAUUCCACUGAAGAAGUUUCUCGUGGUGUAGCAGUGGAGAAACUGGACAGUGUAAAGAAGUGGGGCAUUAAUACAUACAAGUGCACAAAGCAGAUGUUUUCUGAAAAAUUCGGCAGAGGUUCACGAACCGUUGAUUUGGAACUGGAAGCCCAGAUCGAUGUUUUGAGAGACACAAAGAGCAAAUAUGAAAACAUUCUAAGACUGGCGACUGCGCUGAUCACUCAUUUCCAAAGCAUGGUGCAAACGCAGCAGGCUCUCGGGGACACGUUCACAGACCUGAGUCAGAAGUCCCCUGAGCUUCAGGAUGAAUUUGGGUAUAAUGCAGAGACGCAGAAGCUGCUGUGCAAGAAUGGUGAGGCUUUGCUGGGUGCAAUCAACUUCUUUGUGUCCAGCGUGAACACCCUGGUCAAUAAAACCAUGGAGGAUACCCUGUUGACAAUUAGACAGUAUGAAAAUGCAAGGCUUGAAUUUGAUGCCUAUCGCUCUGAUCUGGAGGAGUUAAGCUUGGGUCCAAGGGAUGCAGCUGCUAUGGUUCGCAUUGAGAUGGCUCAGCAAGACUACCAGGUCCACAGAGAGAAGUAUGAGCGGCUCCGUAGUGACGUCUCCAUCAAACUUAAAUUUUUGGAGGAAAACAAGGUGAAGGUGAUGCACAAGCAGCUGCUUCUCUUCCAUAAUGCAAUCUCAGCUUACUUUGCUGGAAACCAGCAGCAGUUGGAACAAACUCUUAUACAGUUCAAUGUAAAGUUAAAGCCUCCAGGGUCAGAUAAGCCUUCUUGGCUGGAGGAGCAGUAAUGGACCCUCAAGGUUCAUCUUCAUCUUGAAAUUUUCAAUGACACAACUGAUGACUUGAUAGAAUGAUAUAAAGGAAACGAUUAAAGGAAGUUAUUGUAGAAUCUGUAGGGACCCUGAUAGGAACAGUUUGUAAUGCGUUUUUUUUUCUUUGCAUAUUUUUUCCCUUUAUGUCAUUGAUGGAAAUAUUAUUUUCUAGUGCAUCACAAAACUCUCAUUUCGCUUUCCUUAUACUUGGCACAAUCCUUCACCGAUGCAUCACAUAUUCAUGUGCAGAUUGUGUUGUAUUAUUGGAGGUUCCCUUGGACAGUUUUGCACAUUAUUCUUUGCUCUUUGCCUAUAGAUGCAUUUAACAUGUUACUGUAUAUAAAAUGUUAGAAAUUCCAAAAGUUGAAAUCAUACAUCACUGAGAAAGUGUACAUAAUGUUAUCACAUAUCAUCCUAAAUGGUAUUUAUUUUCUCAAUCAUGAUCUGCUCGUUUCAAACUAUUUUAUUUUAAACAUAUGGGUUUAUUGACCAUUUCAAAUUGGCCGAGGGUGUUUCUGCUGUUACUUUGUGAAUUACCUGUUAAAAGGGUUGUUAAAAUGAACUUAUAAUGGAAAUGCAUUUUUUUUCACUCUGAAAAACAAAAUAUAGAGACAUUGGUUUGGUUAUCCCUAAAAACGGUAUGUUUUAACAAGUGCAGUACCACUAUUAGCUUUUAUAUUAUAUAAAAUUCCUCCCUAUAUAAUAUAAAAACUUUUUUUUUUUGCUUUGCUUUUCCAAAGUUCACAUAGAAACCUCCUUAUUUAACCUGCUGCCAUACUUCCCAUCAAUGAAAGUGCUUUUCCCUUUCCUAAAAAAUGCAUAGUUCUCAUUUACAAGGACACAAACCUUCAAACUCAGUAUCUGUGGUCAUAAGUUUUUUGGGGUAUCACAGGAUCUGUCUGUGAAGCAAUGAACAGGCUGUGAGACUUAUUCUAAGCCUCAUUGUAAAACUGAAACCAGUAAAUACUUAAUUGUAAAUGCACUUUACUUUAAAUACAAAAGUCAGUGUUCCUUCCAAGACAGAAUGUAAAAAGUAUCUUUAUUCAUAUUUUUCUUUAUCCACUUGUUAUAUGGCAGUGUGUAAUACUGAAGGUCCUAAGUUGUCAGAUGGCUGUGCUUUUCCUUCCUCUGCGAUUCCAAUAAAGUGCUGGAUG